AUGGAUGCUGCAACCUCCUCAUCAUCACCUUCCAUCGGCCCUUCACUAGUCCAUUCUCCGUCACUUGAGUCCGUUGCUCCUUCCUCUUCCACUUCUACUCUGUCUUCCUCUUUGUCUUCCCUCUCUUCUUCUUCUUCUUCUCUGUCUUCCUCUCUCGCUUCUUCUUCUCUCUCUCCCCCUGUCUUGCCCGCCUACGUUCCUUCUCUUUUCUCAGGCUCGCGCCUGAGGGAGGUCCUGCGCGCCCGCUUGGCAAAGGCAGGGUGGACGGUCGGCUGUGGAGUCAAGUUUGGAGUCGACUUUCUGCUGUACUCGCGCGCGGCGGACUAUGCGCAUGCGCAGUUCGGAGUCCUCCUUCUUGCCCUUGAACCUUCUCACGACGUAGGCGAGUUCGCUGAUUCGUCAUCGCGUUUCUCGCUCUCCUUUCAGCCAUCUCUCUGCUGCUCCCCUUCUUGUUCUUUCUCUUCUUCUUGUUCGCGUUGUUCGGCUAUCCCUUCGCCCACUUGGAGGGAGAUUGUGGCGGCGUCGCGGCUCCUCGCCUCUGUCUCCAAGCGGCUGCUUCUCGCGCUCCCUUCUCUCGCUUACUCCGGCUUUCCUGUCUGCUCAGAAGGCGACUCUGCUUCGUCCUCUUCACGACGGCGAGGCUCGGCAGAGACGCGCCUGGCCGCAGGCCAGCCAGACGCCUGCGUUUGUCGCUCCGAAACGCAAACUCCGUCGACAGACGACGAGAGACUGACCUCAGUCGCCCCGAGCCAGCCGUUUUCGUACGUUGAUCCCUCCGAGCCGUCUCUCGCCGCUUGUGUAGCUCACAAGUCCUCCUCGGCGUUGCCUCCGUCACCGUCGUCCUCUCGCCCAGCACCGGUGUUUGCGCCAGCAUCGCCUGCUUCUUCUCGCAGCUCUUCGUCUUCCUCGUCUCGAGCCUGUGAGGAGGAGGGGGACGGACGCCUUCGCGAGCGAUACACGCAAGAAGAAACGCCGUCUCGAUUGGAGGUCGUCGACCUCCCUGGGGAGCCUGCGGAGAAGGCGCCGAAGCGGAAAGGUCCGCCGGAGGCUUCGGAAGCGUUUGACGCCGAGAGUGGCGGAGACGAAGGACGAAAGCAGAGGGCAGGUCGUUCGAAACGCGUAAAGUGCAAAGGGGGUCUUGCGGAGGACGACGAAACAAGGACUGGCGAGAACGCAGAGACCGCAAGCGCGAGGCGCGAUGACGGUUGCGAGUCGGAGAAGGCAGAUCUGCUUUUGAAAUUCACUUUGAUCGAGGUUGCGACCUGGUCCCCAUACAAAUACCUUCGGCAGCUUCGUCAACAGAGACGAAGAGCGGGAGCGAGAAAUCCAGACAGUGCAUUGACGCGCGUCAACUCGGACAGUUAGACGAAGCCCAGCAUCCAUUCUUUGAUUGCUCUGCCGAUUCGCUAUUCGGGUCGCUCUUCAAUUUUUU